AGACUUCACUAACACAAUUCAUUCAUAACCCCCGCCAGUCAAAACAGUUCUAAAGGUUUUUAAGAAGGCAGGCUGGCAGCAUUAUAAUCUUAAAGAUUCUCAAGUCCACAAUUUUUUCUCUCUCGUUUCUACCUCUCCAGUUCUACCCACUCUGCUCCGUUUGAUUUUAAACGUUGGUGGUGAAAAUGUCGGAGAAGGGUGGCAGAAUGUUCUCCUUGCCCACCAAAACAACACCCAAAUCUUCUCUCAAAUCCACCGCUGGAAAAGAUGAUAAUUCAGCAAAAUCAAAGAGGGGAAGGAAAGUUCAGUUUGGAACUGAAGGUUCACCUGAUGUUAAUUUCUCAUCGCCAAAAUCUGAUGGCAAGUUUGCAACCCCUUUUGGUAAAGGUGGAAAAGGAGAAAAGGCAGCGAAUGGUGGAAAGACUCAUGUGGCCAAAGAAUCACAGUCAUUGGAGCUCAGAGUUGAACAGGAACUUCCAGAAAAUGUUAAAUGCCUUAUGGACUGUGAGGCUGCCAGUAUCUUAGAAGGCAUUCAGGAUCAAAUGGUUAUACUCUCCAGCGAUCCAACUAUUAAGCUCCCUGAAUCAUUUGGUUCAGGACUGCAGUAUGCCAAGACUGGUAGCUAUUAUACCAAUCCCCAGUCUGUUAGAAAAGUUCUUCAAUCUCUUACAAAAUAUGGUGUCUCUAACAGUGAGAUUUGUGUGAUUGCCAAUACUUGUCCAGAAACUGUUGAUGAAGUUUUUGCUCUUGUCCGAUCCUUGGAGGCUAAGAGAAGCAAACUCACUGGACCACUUAAAGAUGUAUUGGAAGAGCUAGCUAAACUUAAAACAUCAACCUAAUGGCAUGUGGGGAUGCUCUGGUAAGAUGGCUUUUACUAGGAUGUUACUGCUGUAGGUUCUAGCCUUCUAGGUUGUGAUUAUUGUUUGGAUUCGAUAAACCAAGUGUGUGUAGGUUACUUGACUGUUGGAGGCAGGUUACUUGACUGUUAAGAGGCAGGAGAUGUGCUUUUUUUUUUUUUUGUGGGGAAGCCUUGUUGGAACUGGUUUGAAAGAAAUUUCCUCCUCUCUUAAUUGGUGGUUGUACCCUUUCCAUUUUAAUAACCAGAGAUUAACUAGACCUUGUGCAGCACGAAUUGUUAACUGUUGGAAUAUAAUUAUCUUAUGAUGUGAAUUUGUAGUCGAAUAUAGAUAUUGUAUCUGUAGCAGCAUUGUUUGAUGGGACUGCAGGAUUUUAUAAUUUUUGGAAUAUUAUAUCUUAUUAUGUGAA